GGCGUCACAAUCGCGAAGCCUCAAUGGAACUCUCUCCCGCCUUGCUCGCCUGCCCGCCCCUCGGCUAGGACUAGGAGUGGCCCGGAGCUGGCGGCGAGGGAGAGGCUGCAAGCACGAAAGUGACUUCUUCGUCCGCCCUGGAGGCUGCUGCCGCCUUUGGGUUCUCUGUCCCGGAAAAGUCGCCAGCGAAAGCUGCCCAGCAGCAGCCAUGGGGGAGAACGCGGUGCGAAUCCUAAAUCCUUGCCGCGAAGGUGAUGUGUUUCCUCUGAUUUGCCCCAAUGCCUAUCAUGCAUGGUGUCAAAUAUUCAACGUAUCUGCGCUGCCAGCGUCUUUCUUUGUUUCUUCUGGCCGAUACCCCAAUGAGACAAAGUUGAAGCUUUCCGCAACAACAGGAAGCAAAUACAGCUUAUUUGUAGGUACAGCCUUAGCCAUAAGCUCCAGUAUCUUCAUUGGCUCCAGUUUUAUACUGAAAAAGAAGGGCCUUUUGCGAUUAGCUGAAAAAGGAGCCCUAAGAGCUGGACAGGGUGGAUAUUUGUACCUGAAGGAAUGGUUAUGGUGGGCAGGGCUGCUGUCAAUGGGAAUAGGAGAAGCGGCAAACUUUGCUGCAUAUGCCUUUGCACCCGCAACUUUGGUAACCCCAUUAGGUGCACUCAGCGUUCUUGUAAGUGCCAUGUUAUCUUCCUGGUUUUUGAAUGAAAGGCUCAAUAUUCAUGGGAAAAUGGGCUGCAUAUUAUGCAUCUUGGGGGCCAUCGUAAUAUUAAUUCAUGUUCCCAAUGAGGAAGAAGUCGCGUCGUUGGAUGAAAUGGAACCAAAGCUGAAAGAUCCAGUGUUUAUUACAUUUGCAAUCACUAUACUUAUGAUCUGCCUCGUUCUCAUUUGUUUCGUCACUCCCAAAUUUGGUCAAACAAAUAUUCUGGUCUACAUCGCGAUUUGUUCACUGAUCGGCGCAUUCUCCGUCUCCUCUGUCAAGGGCCUUGGCAUUGCCAUUAAGGACCUAUGGAAUCAUGAACCUGUCUUCCAGUCUCCACUGCUAUAUGUUUUUGGAGUGGUUUUGGUGUUGUCUGUCAGCACACAGAUUAAUUACCUCAACAAAUCAUUGGAUGUGUUUGAUACGUCUUUGGUGACGCCCAUUUAUUAUGUGUUCUUCACGACCACUGUGGUGAUCUGCUCUGUCAUCCUUUUCAAGGAAUGGAAUAGCAUGACAUUUGGUGAUAUUGUUGGGACCUUGACUGGAUUCCUCACUAUCAUUAUAGGCAUUUUCUUUCUUCAGGCUUUUAAAAACGUAAGCGUCUCCUGGAACCAGCUGACAUCUGCCACUAAAAAAGAUUCAGUGUUGCCUGUCUGUGGCUACGUUCAUCAUACUUUAUUGGAGAACACAGAGACGGGAGAUGAGGACAAUACGCUGUUUAGCCAAGGAAAUGAGCAAGAUGGCUGUCAUUAAUAAGCCUCAAGAGCUUGGACAGCCAAGAGGAGCAAAUAAAGUCUAUGAAAAUUAAUAUCUUCCUCCCUUCUCCCUACAAAGGACGGCACCUGUGUAUUUGGAGCAACAGAGAGCAGUCACUAUACCUGGUGAAGUAACAGAAAAGGAAGUGUAGUGAUAUCUCCCAUAUUUUCCUCCCGAAACUUUGGCAGCUUAUGGACUUUGCUGAUACAGUGUGGUGCUGUUGAAGAGUUUUCUUACGCUAAAUAACGAAAUUGCAUAUAAAGCAUAUUGUCAUAUGCAGCACUUUACAGUUUUACUAUUUCAAAUGAGCACUUUUACAGCUAUCUUGGAGGGUGUGUGUGGCAUUGGAGGGGGAGGGGAUCAUGACAUUCCCAGAAUCUUUUGUUACUAAAUGCUGUGAAGAUUUUCAGCUACCAGGUGUCUUGAAGGAGAAAAAGAACCUUGGUUUUAAAUUCUAGCAAAGCCUUGUACAUUUUCCUGAAAAGAGGAUCUUUCAUAUAUCAGGUAGCACUGAAUUUUGCAUGUAUAUUCUAUUGUGCAUAUUUUUACUGUAUUUUAUAAAGCUAAUCUUAGAUUUGUUUCUUUUCUCACACUCCUGUCUGAUAACAAAUUCCUGGGACACAGACCUGAUAACUAAGGUCUUCUCAAAGUAUAUUACCAAAAGCUUUAGGAAUAUAAUUCCAAGUACUCCUUUUAUGAGAAUGAAUCUUACUUUACUUAAACUCAACUGUUUCUGGUUGAUCAUGGUUUUCCAGGAGUAGCCAUCAUGUUCUACAGUUCAUUUUCUAAAACAGUUUCUUCUUGUCCAUUCCAAAUAGAAGGAAAAUGAAACUCAAAUACAUAUUUUAUUAGAUAAUAUAAACAACCUAUUUGAUCGGUUUUGAGGCAGAAUUUCAUAUUGUGUAUUAUUUAUGGAAUAUUAGAGAAGAAUUUUGGAUAGAUGCCACCAUGGAUGUUCCUACAACUAGGGUCGAUAAGUCUUUGGAUAUACCUUUUUAAAUACUUAAAUUAAAUUGGAGGAUGGGCUUCAUGUGUAUUUAGUUGUAAGAAUGGGAAUGGCAGAUCUGAAUCUUGCUGUUGCUUGUUUGAAUCCUGCUGGGAUCAUACCCUACAGAGGGUUGGCUAAGCUAGCAUUUAAGAUCUGCUCUAGGUCAGUUUGUUAUUGCUAGUUGGUAAUAUUCCAGGAAUGAUGGAUUAGGUUAUGAAAUAACUUUGUGAAGUUCUUCCAUCCUUAGCAAUAUGCAUAGUUCACAUGGAAGUUUUAUUCGAAUGCUUUGCAGUGUGGGCAGCCUCCAUUAUUGUUUUGAUCACCUUCACCAUCGUGUGAAUCAAAAAGUAACUGCAGGCAUCAAACAUCUGUUCUUUUAAAAGUAGUUUUGUGGUGUUGCUCCAUUAAGCACAUUCAGGAUUGACUGUAGUCAAUUCUGGGCCCACACUCUUAGUAGAUCAGUUCCAAAACUGUUCAAAGAAGGUAAACUGAUGCUGAAGUGGGAGGGGGGGGGUCACUUUAGGUUUAAGCCGAAUGGAAGAGUAUAAAAGCUAUGCUUGCAUUACAGGAAUGAAACCAGUAUAGGCUUUGAAAUCUGAUUCAUGCAGAGGGCAAAGUCUGCCCACGUCAGUGUUAUGUUUGUUAUUGGUUCCUGGUCUCUCAUGUAGCCCUUAUAAGCAGUUAACAAACUGUGUCUUUUAACGGUGACCUUCUCUUUAACAGUGUUUUAGGGGAAGAAACGCCAAAAGACAGGAUCCCUGGAUUGUGGUUUAUUUGUUUAAAAUACUAAUAUUCAUGUUAAGGGUUUUUUUGUUGUUUGAAGUAGCCAGUAAUUACCCUAAAAUCUAGUUGAUGCUAUGUGGUGCAUUCAGCUCUAUUCCUUAGAGGAGUUCAGUAUAUUAAUUCUUCAAGGCAGAUUUGUGACACUUCUGUUUCAAUUUUUAAAUGUAAGGCUCCAAUGAAACAGGAAAUGAAUAUUAAUAGAAUACCGUAAGCAUCCAAAAGUUCCCCUUCUCCUCCACUGCCGUGCUUUCACAUACUAAAUACAUCAGGAAGCACGCAAAUAGGUGAGCUGAACUUUUUAAAAACUUAAGUAUAUUCUAGCUGUCACCUGCUGAAAUUGCUGCUUGUGUGUUAAACAAAUGGGUGUGGUUUAUGUUUGUAUUCUGAAAGUCUGGCAUUUUAUUCUCAUUUAAGAGUUGCAGCACAACUACUAAAGAACAACACAAUUUAUAUGGCAUUUUGCGUGUGUGCUGUUCCCAUAUUUAUUUACUACAAUUUAAUGAUCAAGUACCCACUAGCCUAUAGAGUUUUUUGUGUAGGGAUUCCUUGGAAGGGAGUUGGCUAUUUUGCUGUUUGCAUUAUUUGCCCAUCUUUGACAUUUGCAGUGAAAUUAAUACAGAGGUCCAUUUUGCAUGCAAUCCAAUGCAGCGUUAUUCCAUUCUACAUCCACGGAAGUCAAGUGGAUGAGAUUGGAGUAACUCUGCGUAGGAAUGAACAUACUGUUAGUUCUUGUCAAUCAGGAGAACCUUUAGCAUCAUUCAGGAAGCACAUAGCAUUAAACGUUUCAAACUAUUUAAUUUGAAUAUUUUUAAAAGGUUUUUAAAAUGUUUCACUCUCUGAUGGAAGAUUUUAAAGGUUUUAUUAUAAUGUUGUUGGCCAAAGAAUAAAGUAUACUUUUGUGUA